GGUUCCCCAGGGCCCUCCAUCCCCAUUGGAGCUCUCCAUCCCUGUGGCCCCCACUUCUUUUUGGGGCUCCCUUUGAGGACCCUCCAUCCCCAGGCCCCGCACUCCUUUCCAUCCCCUCCCACCAUGGAGAUCAAGCUGGAGUACGUGCGGAAGCGCAGCGAGUUCGGGCGGCCCUGCAGCUUCUCGGACUCUCUGGCCGAAGUGACCGUGGACAUCCCGCCGGACCCCAGCCUGGCCGGCGACUUCAUCCCCCAGGACCCCGUGGACUUUGCUUUUCAGGAGGGUCCCAUCAUGGCCGUGCACGAGGUGAACACGGAGCGGGUGCAGGUGUCCGUCAAGGGUGUGAACCAUGUGGAGGGGGGGUGGCCCCAGCACAUCGACCCCAAGAACUCGGAGCUGACCUCCCGCUACCGGGAGGAGGUGGAGAGGGAAGAUGCCUACACCAGGAGUGUCCAGCGCCUCGGCUCUCUGGUGGAGCACUGCAUCAGGCAGAACAACGCCAUCGACAUCUACGAGGAAUAUUUUGAGGAGGAAGAGGAGGAAGAGGAGGAAGAGGAGCAUCCCUCAGCCAAAACCAUCAGUGUCAUCAGGGACCCCAACACGACCAAGAGGAUGGCCACGCACAUCUCCUGGCACCCCGACGCCAACAGGGCCGUGGCCGUGGCUUAUUGCAGCCUGGACUUCCAGGACAGCAGGAAAGACAUGAGCUUUGAUUCCUACAUCUGGGAUCUGGAAAAACCCUACAGCCCAGAGCUCACCCUCAAGCCCUCGUCCCCUUUGGUGACCCUGGAAUACAAUUCCAAGGACUGGCAUCACGUGCUGGGAGGCUGCUACAACGGGCAGAUAGUGUACUGGGACACCAGGAAAGGGGGGCUGCCUGUGGAGAUGACCCCCGUGGAGCUCAGCCACAGGGACCCCGUGUACGGAGCGUGCUGGCUGCCCUCCCGAACGGGCACUGAGUGCUUCUCAGGCUCCACUGACGGCCAGGUGCUGUGGUGGGACAUCCGCAAGAUGUCCCAGCCCAGCGAGAAGCUGAUCUUGGACAUCACCAAGGAAGAUCAGCUGAAGAAGGCUCUGGGUGCCAGCGCCCUGGACUUUGCGCCCACCAUGCCCACCAAAUUCUUGGUGGGCACAGAGCAGGGCACCAUCAUCUCCUGCAACCGCGACGCCAAGACCCCCCCCGAGAAAAUCGCCCACAUCUUCAGCGGCCACCUCGGGGCUGUCUACAGAGUGACCAGAAACCCCUUCUUCCCCAAAGUCUUCCUGUCAGUCGGGGACUGGACUGCUCGCAUCUGGACGGAGGAGCUCAUGGAUUCAUCAUCAAUUAUGGAGACCAAGUACCACACCCCCUACCUGCUGGACGGGUGCUGGAGCCCCGUGAAGCCGGCUGUGUUCUUCACCGCCAAGUCGGACGGCACCCUGGACAUCUGGGACUUCCUCUUCCACCAGAAGGAGCCUUCCCUCAGCCUCAAGGUGUCCAACGAUCCCCUGCUCAGCCUGUGCUCGCAGGACAACGGGCGCAUCCUUGGCUGUGGCACCAGGCUGGGCAUUGUGUCCCUCCUGGAGAUCUCCCCAGGGCUCUGCACCAUGCGGAAGAACGAGAAGACUCUGACCUCCACAAUGUUCGAGCGGGAGACGAGGCGGGAGAAGGUCCUGCAGGACAAACAUCGGGAGCGGCUGCUGCAGGAGCAGGACCGGGCCCGGGCCCAGCCAGAGGAGCAGGAGGAUCCCCAGGAGGUGUUCGAGAAGGCCAGAGAAGAUUUCUUCUCCAUCAUCAAGGCGGAGAAGCGGAGGAGGGGCCAGGAAGAUCCUGAAGAGAGUGAAGAGGGCGAGGAAGCUGCACAGUAGGAAAACCAGGAGGAAGAGUGGGAGGAUGCCAAGGUCAGUGUGCUCCAGCUGCACCUUCCUUUCCCCUCUGUGCCAGAGCUGCUGCAGAGACGAGGCCACUGUCCCCAAGCCAGGCAGCUCUCCUGGGCUCUCCCUGACCCCACAGCUGCUCCCUGGCCUUUGCAUCCUGAUUUUCUUCGGUGUGAAUAAACCGGUGCUUUCCAUGUCA